AGAACAGAGAGAAGGGAAAUUCACUUAUAUACUACCUUCUUAUCUCAUGCUUUCCUGUUAUCUUUCACACACACACACACACACACACACACACACACACACACACACACACACACACACACACACACAAGAUAGAAGUCUCUGGACUCGGAGCUCUUCCCCAGCCUCUAUUUCACCACUCUUCUUUUGUCUCCGUGUGUGUAUGGGUGGAGAGCUGCAGGCUGUGGAUGUGAGAGGCAUGAUGCUGAGGCUCCAGGCCCAUUGGUUGCCUGCCUUCAACCAUUAUCUCUCGCUUCCCUCUCCUGAUUCUCUCUCUCUCUCUCUCUCUCUCUCUCUGUCUCUGUCUCUCCCUAUCCUUGUUCCCUGCACGCCCAUCAGCUUUCAACUCCUAAAAAAAUGAUUUGCAUUCAGGAGGAGAAAGGAACUUUCCAGCGUGCGCUUUGAAUGAAAGAGUGCUGGCGAGAACGUGCGUGAGAGAAGACGACUCUGGACCAAAACAGCGAGGAAAGACAAUCAGGGGCGAUCACAACAAAAAGUUUGAGCGAAGACGCCGUUUCAUCACUGAAAAUGAAACUGGAGGAGGAGUGGUGAACUCUUGAUGGGGGGGUUCUUAUCUGGAGUUUACCACCACAGGCUAAGGAUCAAGUGAAGGUCUGGACCAAAGAGUAAUCAAACCUGCAUUCAUAUCAGAUGGAGGUGGAUGUAGCAGACAAGCGCCAUCGCACACGCUCGAAAGUGCCCUUGGAACCAGCAAUACAAGAGCUGUUCAGUGUAUACGGCUGCCCUGUGGCCAAGAAGAGGAGAACACAGGACAGACUACCCCUAGAGCCCAUGGCCAAGAGGAAGGCCUUUCACACACACACAGAGCAGCAGCCCAUGGAUGACUGCUACCACACAGACAUGGUGGAAGAGAAAGACGAGGAAGAAGAGCACGAAGAAGAAGCAGGGGAAGAGGAGGUGGAGGGAGAAGAAGAGGAGGAGGACGACGGAGAACCCGAAGGAGAGGAGGACGUUGAGGAGGACUACACGGACAAUGAGGAACAUGUGGAGCAGGACGACGGAGAGGUGGAGAAUGGAGAGGAGGAAGAAAUGGAGCAAGAAGACGAGGAUGUUGUAGAAGAAGAGGAGGCUGAGGAAGGGGAGGGGGAGGAUGAGGAUGAUGAAGAUGUGGACGAACAGGAAGAAGAGGAGGAGGAGGAGGAGGAUGAAGAACUGCAGAACAAUCAGGAUCAAGCUGGCAAUCAGGUAAACGGGACCUACACCAAACCCAGCUCCAUGGUGGAGAAGGACGAUAACAACAAUGACGAAUAUGACAACUAUGAUGAGCUGGUGGCUAAGUCUCUGCUCAACCUGGGCAAGAUUGCAGAGGACGCCGCUUACCGGGCCAUGACCGAGUCCGAGAUGAACAGCAACUCCUCCCAUAGUGCUGCGGAGGAAGAGGAGGAAGAGGAAGAGGAGGAAGAGGAAGAUUACGAGGAAGAGGAGGAGGAAGAUGAGUACGAGGAGGGUGACAGUGGCACUAGGAAAAGUGAGCUGAGCCUUGAUGUAGAUAGUGAUGUAGUCAAAGAGACUGUAGAUUCUCUGAAACUGCUGGCCCAGGGUCAUGGAGCUGUGCUCUCUGACAACCUCGAAGAAAGCACGUAUCAGGAAAAUGGAGUGAAAAAUGAGGGCUGCGGCAACAUAAACGGCUUUGGCAGUUAUGUGUGUAAUGGUACUGGUGGCAGUUGUGCACAAAACAAGUCCACUAGCAAUGGACAACUGAUUGAGGAAAGCGAUGAGGAGGUAUGCCUGAGCAGUCUGGAGUGUCUACGCAAUCAGUGCUUUGACCUGGCACGCAAAUUGAGCGAAACAAAGCCGGCCGAGCGCCUCAACCAAGGUCAGGAGGGGCACCAAGACACGUUGCUGCACCAUGACAUAUAUGGAGAAUGCCAUCAGCAGCAGAACUCAGAGGAACGGCGUGUUUUGGAGCGCAACUAUUCGGACAUGGUCAACCUGAUGAAGCUGGAGGAGCAGCUCAGUCCACGCUCGAAAGCUCUGUCCAGUUGUGCCAGGGAGUAUGACGCUUACAGAGAUGAAGACACCACGUCAAUCACCUCAGACCGGUCUGAGGACGGCUUUGAUAUGACCAAGGGCAACCUGUCGCUACUCGAAAAGGCCAUUGCAUUGGAGUCUGAGCGGGCCAAGGCAAUGAGGGACAAAAUGGCCUCAGAGGCAGCCAGGAGAGACAGAUUACAACUCCACGAAGAGAAUCACGGUCUGAGGCUCAGCUGUGCAGAGGAGCGUAAAGCCAGGCUGCAUCACGAUGGCCUCAAGAAGCCCUACUAUCAUAAAGAUUCCUCAAGGUCAGAGAAGAAAGAGAGUCGAUGCCCAACGCCGGGUUGUGAUGGCACAGGCCAUGUGACUGGCUUGUAUCCACACCAUCGAAGCUUGUCUGGUUGCCCACAUAAAGACAGAGUUCCUCCAGAAAUUCUUGCAAUGUAUGAAAAUGUUCUUAAGUGUCCUACACCUGGCUGCACAGGGCGCGGCCAUGUCAAUAGCAACAGGAACUCACAUCGAAGUCUCUCGGGAUGCCCGAUAGCAGCCGCUGAGAAACUUGCCAAAGCUCAUGAGAAGCAUCAAGCAUGCAAUGGAACUAAGUCCAAUCAGGCAUCGGACCGAGUUCUGAGGCCCAUGUGCUUUGUAAAGCAGCUGGAAAUCCCGCAGUAUGGCUAUAAGAAUCACGUCCCCACUACUACCCCACGCUCCAACCUGGCCAAAGAGCUGGAAAAAUACUCCAAGACCAGCUUUGACUACAAUGGCUAUGACAACCAGAACGUGUACGGCAAACGUGCCAUUGCUCCAAAAGCCCCCGGCCGUGACACAUCGCCCAAGGGUUAUGAUGCUAAGCGGUACUGUAAGAACUCCAGCUCGGCGAGCAGCACCACCAGUAGCUAUGCUCCCAGCAGUAGCAGCAGCCUGAGCUGUGGUGGAGCUGCAGGAGCAGGAGGUGGAGGAGGAGGAGGAGGAGGAGGAAGCAGUGCCAGCAGCACCUGCAGCAAAAGCAGCUUCGACUACACGCAUGACAUGGAGGCCGCCCACAUGGCUGCUACAGCCAUCCUCAAUCUGUCCACGCGAUGCAGAGAGAUGCCUCAGAGCCUGAGUGGCAAGCCACAGGAUCUCUGCACGCAGUCAGAUGAUCUAGAUCCAUUCCAGGACAUUUUAGAGGACACUGCGUAUGCCACAGAUGUCGCCAUCCCGAGUCCCAAGCCAAAAUUCGCCCCUUGUAAAGAGAGCAAAAAGGACCUAAUAACUCUUUCAGGUUGUCCUUUAGCCGAUAAAAGCAUUCGGAGUAUGAUGGCGACCAAUUCGCAAGAACUCAAGUGCCCGACUCCGGGCUGCGAUGGCUCGGGACAUAUCACUGGGAAUUAUGCCUCCCACAGAAGUUUGUCAGGAUGUCCACGAGCUCGCAAGAGUGGCAUAAAGAUUACCCACAGCAAAGAGGACAAAGAGGACCAGGAACCAAUCAGGUGUCCUGUGCCUGGUUGUGAUGGACAGGGUCACGUGACAGGGAAGUAUGCGUCUCACCGCAGUGCGUCAGGUUGCCCCCUGGCUGCCAAACGGCAGAAGGACUGCUACAUGAACGGCACACAGUUCACGUGGAAGGCUGGGAAGACAGACGGCAUGUCCUGUCCCACUCCAGGCUGUGACGGCUCAGGUCAUGUCAGUGGCAGCUUUUUAACCCAUCGAAGUCUUUCAGGUUGUCCACGUGCUUCAUCUGCUAUGAAGAAGGCCAGACUGUCAGGAGUGGAGAUGCUUACAAUAAAACGGCCAAGCAAUGGUUUACACAAUGACGAGGACAUUAAACAGCUGGAUGAGGAAAUUAAAGAUUUAAAUGAAUCCAAUUCACAGGUGGAGGCAGACAUGAUCAAACUUAGAACACAGAUUACAACCAUGGAGUCUAAUCUGAAGUCGAUAGAGGAAGAAAACAAGGUGAUUGAACAGCAAAAUGAAUCUCUCCUGCAUGAGCUGGCCAACCUCAGCCAGUCACUGAUUAACAGUUUAGCUAAUAUCCAGCUCCCUCAUAUGAAACUGCCGCUACACAAAGAGCCUCCGAUUAGAAAUAACAGCUGUUUACAGUUGCAUCAGCGAGAUCCAAUAAACGAACAGAACUUCGACGCGUAUGUGACGACCCUGACAGACAUGUACACGAAUCAAGAGCAGUACCAGAGUCCAGAGAACAAAGCACUACUGGAGAAUAUAAAACAAGCAGUACAAGGAAUCCAAGUCUAGCCACUCAGCAAACCUCAGAGCAAAAGUGGGAAAAGGGGACGAUUAUGAAACCAGGGGAUUAUAAAUGGGAUUGAGAUUGCCUCAUGGUUUGCUGCUGUAAUUUAGCAGACAGUGUUAAAUAUUCACAUAUGUUCUUAUAAAAAAAAAGGAAAAAAAAAGAAAAGUGUUAUGCUUAUAAUUCAUGAUUUUUAAUUUCCCUUUAUUUUUGGUCUUGCUUUGAAAAAUAUUUAAUGGCAAAAUAGUUUUUUGAAAACAUUUCACAUUUUGUACGUUUUCAUAUGAGCUCACAUAGUGUGAUGUAACAUUUCUAGCUGCUCAUGUAUGCACAUUUUAGUGUAUAUUUCUGAACAGUAAGGCAAACAAUAUUGAAUAUAUGUUCUUUUUUAAUGCUUGCUGAUUUAAAAAGAAAUGACAGAUUUUCAUUUGAGAAACAAAAUUGCUGAACAACAGCAACAAAAGUAAUGGACACACAAGGGUACACUGAGUGUAUCUCUUUUUAUACCGGUUUAUUAUACCGUAGAACAGUGUACCUAUUUAUUAAUUUAGGUAUAUUGUUCUAGUAAGUAAUAAACUGGGAGCUCAGUGUAUACCAACGUUUUCUCCUCGAUGAAUGAUUUUCAUUUGUAAAUUGUAUGUGCAGCUUGUGUGUUAGCACCUGUACAUGGUGGGCACUUGAUGGAAGCAAACAGCGAAAGGAAAUCAGCGUGAUGUAUGUGUGUAUGUCGCAGUUCUAUUGUAAGCAUCAUGACACGGAAACCGAACGGUGGAAGUCCCAGAACUUAGCAAUGAGCAUCGAUCUGAUUUUGUGUUGGUAAAGAGCUUUUGUCAUUAAAUCUGCAUUAGUGUAAUGGCAGCAGAAGUUCGCCCCAGCGCCAGUGUUCAUUUAGCCUGCUCGGUAUAUCAGUAGCACGAGUCUCGCAUCAUAUCAGCAAUAUACGACUUGACAACAUUUAUGGCGAUGAGCAGCAAUCUGUCAAGGGGGAAAAGCAGUUGGGCUGUAUGCAAUUUCCUGUUUGUAGACAUUAGUGGGUAAACAAGCGAAACUUUUUACUGUAUGUAAAUGAUUGAUUUGUUUUUAUAUAAAUCUUGUAAUACAAAUUUUUUCAACAGGGGUAUAAGAAUACUUGGACAUUUCAAUUAAGAGGCGAAGCAGUGUUUUGUGAAAUCCAUUUCCUUUAUUUAUGACUUUGCACGGGGACACCUUUGUUUCCAUGUUCUGAUGGUUUUACAUAAACUAAAGCAGUACUUGGGAAAUG